GUAGACCAUAAGAUUCGUCAUGUUCAUUUUCUGGUGCCUGUAGAGUUUGACCUUAAUCUGACUUUUCCGAUCGCGUUCUAUCGUAGGUGAAGUGCGGCAAUGGCUGCUGUUUACUCUGGCAUUUCCCUUAAGCUGAAAAGCAAGAGAACUUCCUGGGAAGAUAAACUAAAGCUAGCGCACUUUGCUUGGAUUUCUCACCAGUGCAUUCUUCCGAACAAAGAGCAAGUAUUACUUGACUGGGCCAGCCAAUCAUUAGUCGCAUUUUAUAAGAAGAAACUUGAACUGAAGGAGGACAUUGUUGAAAGGCUCUGGGUCUACGUAGAUAACAUUCUUCAUAGCAAAAAACUGCAGCACCUCCUCAAAAAUGGAAAGACCAUUACCCUCCAGAUCUCCCUGGUCAAGGUCAUCAACGAGAGAAUCGCCGAGUUCUCCCUCUCGGGAUCCCAGAGGCACAUCGGUGCCGUGCUCAGCUGCUGCCAGGGCGUCCUGUCCACACCGGCCCUCGCGGUCAUCUACGCGGCCCGGCAGGAGCUGCUGGUGGCCCUGCUGAGCCAGCUGUGCUGGGCGGCCUGCCGGCAGCCAGAGGCCUCCGCCGCGGCGGCCCCGCUGUUCGAGGUCACUCACCUGGCCCUGGGCCAUUACCUCCUCGGUCCACCGGAUGGGCCAGUCCCCAGGGGGGAAGUCGCCCAGAACAUGCUAUCCUUGGUCCAGGGCGGCUUCCCCAUCCGGCUGGAGGAGGAGCCGCUGGGGCGCCUCCUGGGGCUGCUGGAGGUCGUGUCCGCCCUGCAGCUGGACAGCCUGGCGGCCCCCUGCCACACGCACUACUUCCUCCUGCUGCUGUCGGCGGCCCUCGCCGCGCCGGGGGGCUCUUGCCCCCCGUCCCUGGCCCUGACGUUUCUGACCACCUGCUACCGGCUCCUCGGCCGCCUGCAGAGAGGGAAGAGCGGCCGCUCCGUGCUCAAGGUCAUGUACGCCAGCGAGCUCUGCGAGAUCGUCCUGACCUCGCUAUUCAGGGCCUGCCUCGGGCUGCGCGUGGACGGGGACUCGGCGCCGGGGCGGGAGUUCCUCCAGGCGGCGGGCACCUUCCUGGAGCAGCUCCUGCAGAUGCUGGUGCAGGUCAAGCACAGCCUGGUGCUCAACUUCGGCAAGAUCCUCGCCUUCCUCUCGGGGUGCAGCGCGUACAAGGAGGCAGCCGCGGCCAGACAGCAGGAACAGCCCCGGCCUCUGGGCCGGCAGCUCCUGCUGGCAUCGCUGACCGCCUUGUGCCGCGUCCUGGGGCCCGUGGUCCGCGAGCGGAGGCCGCAGCCGGACGCCCCCGAGGCGCUGCCGGGGCUGCUGCGGCAGGUGGUGCUGCGGACGGGCGCGGUGCUGCAGCCCUGGGCCGCCCGCGGCCCCCCGCCCGCCGCCCUCCUCGCCGCGGUCAGCGCGCUCCUGGAGGCGGACCUGGGCCAGCACCCCGGGACCGAGACGUCUCCAGCGCCGGACGGGACGCGGCUCUCGCACCCAGACCUCUACCGGGGCGUGUACUUGCAGCUGCUGGCGGAGCUGCCCGCCCUGGCCACCGACCCCCCGGCCUUCCAGGCGGCCGUGAGCUUCUUGGCCCUCUUCUUCUCGGCCCCGGAGCUCCACCCCGCGGGGGAGUCUGUCUUCACCGCCGUGUUUGAGUCUCUGAGAAGGGUUCUCGCAGACCCCGCCGUUCCGCCUCCGGCGGUUCAGGCCAUCGAGCCUCACCUGGGAGACCUGCUCGCCCACCUGCUGGCGGCCGGGACCACCCAGGACUUCCGGGCGAUGCUGCAGUGUAUGCUCCGGGGGCUGGACCUCAGGAACGCGUGGAGCGCGGACCAGCCGGCCAUUUUGUCAGCUGUUACGUUGAUCAAGUUGCUGCUGAGCUGCCCGGUCAGCGAGGAGCAGGCGAGUCUGUUCUGGCGGACGAGCCCCCAGAUCGUCACGGCUCUGACGCUGCAAAACCGAGAGGCGUGUCAGGAGCAGCCCGCGGCCUUGGCGGUGGUCGAGCCCAUCCUGGACGUCCUGGCCUUGCUGCUGCGCCGGGGGGAGGAGGCCAUCCGCAACCCGCACCACGUCAGCCUGGCCUUCAGCAUCCUGCUGGCCGUGCCGCUGGACCACCUGAAGCCGCCGGAGUUCGGGCGCGUCUUCCCGCGGGUGCACAGCGUGCUCUUCACCGUCCUCCAGUGUCACCCCAAGGUGAUGCUGAAAGCCGUCCCCUCCUUCCUGAACUGCUUCCACCGGUUGGUGUUUUCGGUGAUGCACGAAGGCCGGCAGAAGGAUAAAGGCGGCGCGGAGGACCUGGCGGGGGUGCUGGCGUGCGCCCGCCUGGUGGAGAGGAUGUACAGCCACAUCGCCGCCCGGGCCGAGGACUUCACCGUGUUCUCCCCCUUCAUGGUGGCCCAGUACGUGUCGGAGGUGCAGAAGGUCACCUUGUACCCGGCCGUGAAGGGCCACCUGCAGGAGGGCAUCUACCUCAUCCUGGACCUCUGCAUCGAGCCCGACGUGCAGUUCCUGCGCGCCUCGCUGCCGCCGGGAGUGCGGGACGUCUUCAAGGAGCUGCACAACGACUACGUCAAGUACCACCGAGCGAAGCACGAGGGCGAGAGGCGGUACGCCGUCUAAGGACACGCGGAGAGAGGCGGUGCACCGUCUAAGGACAUGUGGGAGAGGCGGUGCGCCGUCUAAGGACACGUGGGGAGAGGCGGUACGCCGUCUAAGGAACAUGCA